CCGAGAGGGAGGAUGAGGGGUCGGUAUGCCCGCUUUCGGUCUUCCGCCGGUGGCGGAGCCCAGGACGACUAGGUGAGCGCCGCCUUGCCAGCCUGCACGUCGCCCUCCGGCUCUGCCGUUGCUUCGGACGCCGCCAUCCCUCCUCCCUGGACCCCCGCGGGCUCCGCCUUUGCUCCCUCCCGUCCCGUGGCGUCGGGCUCCCGGGGGGCGAUGUUCGGAGGGCAGUGGGAGGGGGUGUUGGCUGCGGUCCGCCAGCCCGCCUCUUCCCCGUGCUCCGCCGCCGGUCGGGCGUUAAAUGCAACCAGGCUGCCAGGCCCCUCCCCCUGGCCAGAUGGAGCUCACUGCCCCGAAGCCCCGUGCGGAAACCACCGGCAAAGACAUAUGGCAUCCAGGAGAAAGAUGUCUCGCCCCUUCUCCAGAUAAUGAAAAACUUUGUGAAGCAAGCAUAAAAUCUAUCACAGUGGAUGAAAAUGGGAAGUCCUUUGCAGUCGUCUUAUAUUCAGAUUUUCAAGAAAGGAAAGUACCUCUUAAAAGACUUCAGCAAGUAAAAUCUGUUAAAGAUUGCUCCAGGAAUUUUAUAUUUGAUGAUGAAGAUUUGGAAAAACCUUAUUUCCCAGACCAAAAAUUUCCAUCAUCCUCUAUUGCUUUUCAAUUAUCUGAAGAUGGAGAUUCUAUUCCUUAUACUAUUAAUAGAUAUUUGAGAGACUACCAAAGGAAAGGAGCCCAGUUUCUCUAUGGACACUUUAUCCGAGGAAGAGGAUGUAUUCUUGGUGACGACAUGGGACUUGGAAAAACAGUACAGGUUAUUUCAUUUUUGGCUGCAGUUUUGCGUAAAAAGGGAACUCGUGAGGAUAUUGAAAAUAACAUGCCAGAGUUUUUACUAAGAAGUAUGAAAAAGGAACCCCCUUCUACAGCAAAAAAGAUGUUCUUAAUAGUUGCUCCUCUUUCUGUCCUCUACAACUGGAAGGAUGAAUUGGACACCUGGGGAUAUUUCAGAGUUACAAUUUUACAUGGUAACAAAAAAGACAAUGAACUGAUUCGUGUAAAGCAGAGGAAAUGUGAAAUUGCUCUAACAACUUAUGAAACACUGCGCUUAUGUCUAGAUGAAUUUAACAGUUUGGAAUGGUCAGCUGUCAUUGUGGAUGAAGUUCAUAGAAUCAAGAAUCCAAAGGCUAGAGUAACAGAAGUUAUGAAAGCUUUAAAAUGUAGUGUCCGCAUUGGCCUCACUGGAACCAUUCUUCAGAACAACAUGAAAGAACUGUGGUGUGUUAUGGACUGGGCUGUGCCAGGACUUUUAGGUAGCAGGAUCAACUUCAAGAAGCAGUUUUCUGACCCAGUAGAACAUGGUCAGAGACACACAGCAACAAAGAGAGAACUAGCUACUGGCCGAAAGGCCAUGCAAAGGCUUGCAAAAAAGAUGUCUGGAUGGUUUCUCAGGCGUACCAAGAUUCUAAUCAAGGAUCAGUUGCCUAAGAAGGAAGACCGGAUGGUGUAUUGUUCUCUGACAGAUUUUCAGAAAGCUGUCUAUCAAACUGUAUUAGAAACAGAAGAUGUGACUUUGAUACUUCAGUCUUCUGAGCCUUGUACCUGCAGCAGUGGCCGAAAAAGGAGAAAUUGUUGUUAUAAGACCAAUUCACAUGGGGAAACAGUGAAAACCUUGUAUUUCAGUUACCUUGCAGUCCUUCAGAAGGUAGCCAACCACGUUGCACUACUGCAGGCUGCUAGCACUUCCAAACAACAGGAAACACUUAUCAAAAGGAUAUGUGAUCAAGUAUUUUCCAGAUUCCCAGAUUUUGUGCAGAAAAGCAAAGAUGCAGCCUUUGAGACACUUUCUGACCCAAAAUACAGUGGAAAAAUGAAGGUCCUUCACCAGCUUUUAAAUCAUUGCUGGAAAAACAAAGACAAAGUUCUUCUUUUCUCCUUUUCCACCAAGGUGCUCGAUGUGCUACAGCAAUACUGUAUGGCGUCUGGGCUUGAUUACCGAAGACUCGAUGGAAGUACAAAAUCAGAGGAAAGAAUCAAGAUCGUGAAAGAGUUCAAUAGUACACAAGAUGUCAACAUUUGCCUUGUAUCCACAAUGGCUGGUGGGCUAGGCCUCAAUUUUGUUGGUGCCAAUGUUGUUGUAUUAUUUGAUCCUACUUGGAAUCCAGCCAAUGAUCUCCAAGCCAUUGACAGAGCAUAUAGGAUUGGGCAAUGCAGGGAUGUCAAAGUGCUUCGACUCAUCUCCUUGGGAACUGUGGAGGAGAUCAUGUACUUACGACAGGUAUACAAGCAGCAACUUCACUGUGUGGUGGUUGGAAGUGAAAAUGCCAAGCGAUAUUUUGAAGCAGUUCAGGGAUCAAAAGAGCAUCGAGGAGAGCUUUUUGGGGUCUAUAAUCUCUUCAAACUAAGGUCCCAAGGGUCUUGUCUUACCAGGGACAUCCUGGAGAGAGAAGGCCGAGUGGAAGCAGGGAUAAUGACAGCCACAACUUGGUUGAAAGAGGAACCACCAGUACACAAAACAGAAACACCUAGAGAGGCUGACUGUCAAGAACACAGAGGUCUAGAACAGCCUGCAGACCUGCUGGCAAAAGAAGCAUGUGAUCUCUGCAGUGAUUUUAGUGAUGAUGAGGCGGUGGGAAACUCAGGACUAAAGACUGCUAAAAACAAACCAUGUGACUCAAGUAAAGCUGCAGGUCCUCCCGCACAGCUUACCUUACUCCAGUGUGGUUUCUCUAAACUGCUUGAGACAAAGUGUAGAGCAGUUGAGGAUAGUGAUGGAAAUAUUGCCUCUGACGAUGAAAGUUCUGAUGAACACCCUAUGUGCCUUUCAACAGAAGCCAAAGAUGUUGGUUGUCACAAAAGUCAAGACUCUCUUGGUACUUCAAAACAUCAGAAAUUAGCCAGCAUCCUAAAUCCAAAUGAAAAAUCCAUUUUUGAUAAAAGUGAGAUUUUAGAACAGAAUAUUUCUUCUGAGUCUGAUGAUGAGAAAAAUUUUAAAAAUACAGCUGACCACCAUUGCAUUUUAGAGAAUGUCACAGAAUCAGAAGAUAGUGAUGUCAUCUUUCCCACACAAUAUACAACUCAGAGAGUCCCUAAGAAUAGUAUAAGGUUUAAACCACCCGUGGAUGGAUCUGAAGAUUCUGAAACAGAAAACCCUGUUGAAGUGAGAAAUAAUGGUGCUGAUAGAAAGACUGAUGUCAGAGGAAAUGGACUAAUUUCAAAACAAUUAAAUCCUGAGAACAUGACCCUGAAACCUAUUAUGAAACGAAAAGGCAGUAGUGAUAUUAGUGACGAGUCUGAUGACAUUGAAAUUUCCUCCAAGUCAAGAGUAAGAAAGCAAAGAGCUACUACUUCUUUAAGGUUUAAGAGAAAGAAAGAAAAUAAAAGAGAACUUGACACUUUUCCUAACACAAUGAAGAAAACAAACCAACAGGAUGCAACAGAUGAAGAUUGUAACUCGCAGAGUGUUGAUGAUUUUUCGUCCUCAGAUGACGAUGUAUCUGUUGGCCAUGCUAAACAGAGCCAUAGACCAAAAACUGUAAAAGACAGAAUCAGUUUCUCUUCAAAAUUGCCUAGCCAUAAGAAAAAUAGCACUUUCAUACCAAGAAAACCCAUGAAAUUUUCAAAUGAGAGAGUUGUCAAUCCAGGGAAGAUGUGUGAAUCGAUGGAUAAAUUUUUAGACGGUGUUCAGGAAGUGGCUUACAUUCACUCAAACCAGAAUGUGAUUGGAUCAAGCAAAGCUGAAAACCACAUGAGCCGAUGGGCAGCACGUGAUGUAUUUGAAUUGAAGCAGUUUUCCCAGCUUCCUGCUAACAUAGCUGUUUGCACUUCUAAGACAUAUAAAGAAAAAAUGAAGGCAGAUACAUUGACACAUACAAAGAAAGGCCCACAGCCAGGUAAAGGAGGCAUUUCAUUUCCCCUUCACAUUUCACACCCUGUGAGCCAGAAGACGAAAAAAGUCUACCGUACAGACCAGACCACCUUCAUAAUUGGAGAAACGCCAAAAGGGAUCCGCAGAAAACAAUUCGAAGAAAUGGCUUCUUAUUUUAACUUGCCUUGUGUAAAGGAAUUUGCUAAACAUAUAACUAACGCCACAUCAGAAGAACGACAGAAAAUGCUAAGAGACUUUUAUGCUUCUCGAUAUCCAGAAGUAAAAGAAUUUUUUGCAGAUUCUGCUUCAGAAUCCAUUAAAUCUGCCUAUGAGGAGGGAGAGAGAGUCAGGAAUAAGUCUGAAAAAAGAAAAUCUCUUAUAAAACAAAGGCUGUCAGAUUCUGAAGCUUUCUCAUUUAAAGAUUCUACCAAAAAAAUUUCUCAAAUUUGCAGCCCAAAAAUAUAUAAAGGAAAAUCAAUUAAAUUUCAAAAUCACGGUUCCUGUAGAGAAGAGGUGUUUUCUAAUGAUGCAGAAACUAAGAAAUUACCUGUUAGCUGUACCCAAGAGCCGGACAAUGGGAAAAAAAGCCAAGCAUCCCAAAACACUGUACCAUCCUGUUCGCUGAACAGUAAAUCUGAAUCACGUGAAAGAAAGUUAGAAAAUACCAUGAAAGACCAACAGGACCUUACAAGAACUGGUGUUUCAAGAAAUGAAUCCCUUUUCAAAGAGGAAAAUAAAAAGAUAGAAAAUUCAAUGUUAGGAAACACUUCCGUGGUAGGCUUACUCGGUGACACCUCUAUUCUUGAUGACCUCUUUAAAAGUCACGGGAACAGUCCUACACGACUGCCAAAGAAAGUCAUUUCAGGGCCCAUGGAAAAAGCAAAACAGAGACCAAAAGAUUUCUGGGACAUCUUGAAUGAGCAGAAUGAUGACAGUCUUAGUAAACUCACCGACUUGGCAGUGAUAGAGACUCUCUGUGAAAAAGUGCCCCUUGCUGCAUCCUCCAAAAGGAAAGAAGAGCUAGAAACUUCUCUUUGGAAAUCAAACAAGAACUUUUUGUGGAAAAAAUUUCACUCAAGUGAUACAGAUGAAAACACAGCUAAUACACAGGAGUGAUACAUAAACAUAGAAAUGAAUUACUACAACCAGUGACCUUCUGCCAUCACUGUUACAACACUGUAUUCCACACUAGUUAUGUUACCUUGAACACAGGUGUCAACAUAUA